AUGUGGACCUGGUGGAGCAUACACUGUAAUUACGAGAAAUUUGUGAGCAAAAACUUCAUGCAGCUUAGGUUAUUUGGUGGUAUCUCCAAGGUGAAUGAUUUCGUGGCCACGCCCCUGGUUUUACCCUGCUUCAGUAACAGGUGCAAACAGCCUUGUCGUAAACACAGUCAUGAAUUUGAAUUGUAUGCAGUUGUCAUGCACAGCGGUAUUUCCAUCUCCUCGGGUCACUACACUGCCUACGUCAAAGCACCCCCUGUUCACAAGAUGAAGGACCCCUCCAAAAAGACGGACGCCAAAUCUGCAGAGCGACAACGUCCAGUCUCAGAGAGAAUUAAACGGAAAGGAGAAGAAACUGCAGGGAAAGCAAACUCCUGUAAUAUCUACACUCAGAAUGAAGUAGACAUCCCAGACUAUUCUGGGAAUUGGUUUGAGUGUGAUGAUGAAAGGAUUUGUCUUAAAAGCGAAGAAGACAUGCAGAGCUUGUUGAAUAAACAAGUCAGUAUCUGCGAGACGCCAUACUUAUUGUUUUACAAAAUGACUCCCGUCCCCUACGAGAGAGUGGUCCUUGUAUAGCGUGUAAGGAGACAACA